GCUGGAAUUUUGCUGGCUUUAUUCAAAAUAUUUACAGAUGAAAAAAAGAAAUUAAAGAAAAGAAGAAACCGCCGAUUUCCAGCGCUAUGCUGGGGAAUUUAAAAACUUGAGCAGGGUCAAUAUGGGAAACUUAGUUCCAACGCGUGAGCCUUGUUUCACUUUCACCCACUCUCUCUCUCUCUCUCGUCGAAACCGUCACCGGAACUCACCUUCUCUCUCUACCAGAUCUACAAACCCUACAAUUCUAAAUUACCCAAGCCUACACCGCCCUCCGCAUUGUCAGGAAUCGCUACCGGCGCCGCUAUCUCCUGCCCCGCCGGAAAACUAUGGGGGAUUUUAAUUUAGCCCUAGUGAUCGUGGCGAUAGUCGUCUGCGUGAUCGUUUUCCUAGUUAACGUCUACCUUCUCGUCAACUACCAGCAUCCUGAUGAUAAGAACCAGGCCUACUUCCCCAAAUUCGUCGUCGUCUUCGGCCUUACGAUCGCCGCUAUCUCGAUUCUCAUGCUUCCGGCCGACGUCGCUAACCGGCAGGCCUGCCGCCACGCGAUUUACAAUGGGGCUUGUAACCUGACUCUGCCGAUGAAGGAUUUGUGGCUCGCUAUCUACAUCGUGGAUGCGUUUCUGGUCUUCUUUGUUAUCCCGUUCGCCAUGUUUUACUACGAGGGCGACCAGGACAAGAGUGUGUGGAAGAGAAUGAGAAGUGCACUGAUAUGGGUCGUUGUGACAGCUAUUGUUUGUGGGCUGGUUCUUGCAAUUAUGUAUGGGCUUGUGGGUAAGGUGGACUUCACUGUUAGACACCUCUCUUCAACUACAAUGUCCUUCCCAUCGACAUGGGAUUUCUCCAACAGUCAACAAUGUGUUGGGACUGGAGCAAGACAGUGCUCUGCGUAUUCUGCCAGUGCUUCAUCUGAGUCAACUUGGACCAUGCGGACUACGUUUCCUGAAUAUGUAGUUGCACUUACUACAAUUGUUGGAUCAGUGCUCUUCACCAUUUUUGGAGGUGUUGGCAUUGCUUGCCUGCCACUGGGGCUCAUAUUUUCAUUUGUCAGGCGACCAAAGGCUGUUAUCACGCGCUCACAGUAUAUCAAGGAAGCAACUGAGCUGGCAAAAAAAGCGAGAGAACUUAAAAAAACAGCUGAUGCACUUCACCAGGAAGAAAGGAGUGGAGGCAAGGGAAGAAAGUGGCGCAAAAAUGUGAAAGCUGUUGAAAAGGAGCUACUUCUUUUGGAAGAAGACGUGAAGGCUUUGGAAGAGAUGUAUCCUCAAGGCGAAAAGGCUGAAGCAAUGUGGGCUAUGACUGUUCUCGGCUACCUUGCCAAAUUGGUGCUUGGAGUUCUAGGGUUGAUUGUUUCAGUGGCUUGGAUUGUUCAUAUUGUGAUAUACUUGCUGAUUGACCCUCCAGUUUCAGCAUUUCUUAAUGAGAUAUUCAUUAAGCUGGAUGAUGUUUGGGGACUUCUUGGCACUGUUGCAUUUGCAUUUUUCUGCUUCUACCUUCUGCUUGCUGUGAUUGCUGGAGCAAUGAUGCUUGGUCUGAAAUUGGUUUUUAUUACAAUCCACCCAAUGAAAUGGGGAGCUACUCUUAUGAACUCAUUCCUUUUUAAUGUGGCCCUCAUUCUUCUUUCCUCAAUCAGUGUGAUUCAGUUCUGUGCUACUGCUUUUGGGUAUUAUGCCCAAGCUACUGCAGCUCAAGAAAUAUUUGGUCACACCUUGCAAUCACUUCGUGGAAUCAAAUACUUGUACAAGUACAACGUGUUUCAAAUCGCUUUCAUUGUCUUAGCAGGGCUCACAUUUGUAUAUUAUGCAGCAUUCGUACGUUCCCCACCUUAUCCAUUUACUCAUUUUAAAAUAUGUAUGAACUCAAAUCUGCUACAACGUUAUGUUUUUUCAGGGAUGGAGAAGAAAAAAGACUACCGGUCGGCUCCAACUCUCCUCAUAAGCAUGCUGCUUCGACUUCAGCUGAACUGAAUCUGCUCAGUUUCGUGGUUCAUGUACAAAGUGAUGUCAGUGCUUGAUGCAUGUGGUUAUGUUUGCAUUGUCUUAUGGAGGAGAAGUGCAACAUCACUGCCAAUUUCUUCGAGACAGUAUAACUUUUCAUCAUCGUCGUGUUUGUAACGCUCUGCUGCUGCUGGUUGCUGCUUUGUCUUGUUUUCUGCCCACUGUUGUACAUGUUUUAUUUUUUAUUUUUUUGCUAGCCACUGGCGUUGCUUAUAUUUAUUAACUAUUUGAGAGAAAAGGAUUAAGGCUCUGAGAAAUACCCGCGUUGUAAUUCAUAGUCUUGAUGAGCACAAGAAACGGCUGUUGUAGCACUUUGUUUCCCUUGUAAUGUCAUCCCUUGUUUUCAUCGCUA